UUUAACAUUUCAGAUGUGCUUCUGCGCAUGGCUCAGGUUGGCAUCUGCGGCUCAGAUGUGUCUUACUUGGUCCGAGGAAGCAUUGGGGACUUCAUUGUCAAGGCCCCCAUGAUCUUGGGUCAUGAGUCUGCAGGUGUUGUGGCUAAGUGUGGGAAGAAUGUGAAACACUUGAAGAUUGGUGAUCGAGUUGCCAUUGAACCAGGUGUUCCUUGUCGCAUGUGUGACUAUUGCAAAGGUGGCAAAUACAACCUGUGUCCUGAUGUUAUCUUCUGUGCCACCCCUCCUUACCAUGGGAAUCUGUGUCGCUACUAUAAACAUGCAGCAGAUUUUUGUUUCAAGCUUCCAGAUCACGUGACCCUUGAAGAAGGAGCCAUCUUGGAACCCCUAAGUGUAGGUGUCCAUGCCUGCAGGCGUGCGGGUGUCACCCUGGGUUCCACAGUAUUGGUGUGUGGAGCUGGACCCAUUGGACUGGUUAACCUGCUCACUGCAAAGGCCAUGGGAGCUACUAAGGUUUGCAUUACAGACAUUGCUGAGAACAGACUGAAGAUGGCAAAGGAGAUGGGGGCAGACCACACCAUCCUUGUAAGUUCAGGAGAUGCUGAAGCUAUUGCUAAGGAGGUUGAAAAGGAGAUGGGGGGGAUGCCAGACAUCACUAUUGAGUGUAGUGGUGCCGAGUCAAGCAUUCGCCUUGGUAUUUUUGCUACAAAGUCUGGUGGCAUGAUGGUCCUUGUUGGCUUAGGUCCAUCAGAGGUGAAGAUCCCAAUUGUCAAUGCUGCUGUACGAGAGGUGGACAUCAGAGGCAUCUUCCGUUAUGCUAACUGCUAUUCUUUGGCACUGGAUAUGAUAGCAUCAGGCAAGGUCAAUGUCAAGCCUCUCAUUACUCACCGCUUCAAAUUGGAGGAAACCCUCAAGGCCUUUGAAACUGCUCGCACAGGAGCAGGUGGAGCAGUCAAGGUCAUGAUCUCUUGUGAAUGAAAAGCUGAUAAUUGGAAGAGUCUUGGAGAGAAAGCGAGAGAACUGUUGCCUUUUUACUUCACUUUUUGACAUUUCAUUUAACAUUUGUGCAGCUCUGUUCUCUUAUGCAUGGUUUACAAUAAUAAAGUUGAAGAAAAAAUGUU